AUGCCAUGGUGGCAGUGGUGGCCCCACCCGCCGCUGCCACCUCCGACAGCGGCGCCACGGCCGGGGCAAAGCCGCGUAUCCUACCAUAGUGAGCGCUAUGCGACCUUCAUCAAGGCCUAUGUAGCUCUUUCCGAUAACGAGGUCGAAAAGGCGAAGCGUCGUGGACGCAGUAUCUGCAUGAUUGGCGUUCGCAAGUUAGAAAAGGCAAAAAUAGGUACUGUGGUGCAGGCUCAGCGGUAUUUCAUGCGCCAUUCUGUACUUGCGGUGGAGGGGGAUGCAGUCUUUGCUGAGUUGAUGUCUCGCGCAGAGGCUUUGUACACACAAGAGAUCCAUCAUCUUAGGGAGGUAUCCGACCCAGAGAUGCGUUGCGUGCUGGGGUCCACGAACUGCCUCUCCUCCAGUGUUCAGGUUCCUACGCUGUUCAGCUCCACAAGUGUCUUUCCCUGUAUUCGAAAUAAUAAAAAAGCCUCUCGGAAACAAGCUACCAAUUCCAACAGUGGCGGUAAUCUCGCAAGCAGGUUGAUGUCACCGCACGGCUUAUCCACCAACGCUCGCUGCAUCGCGCUACACUACGGCCUACCAGCCCACAGGCUCCGUGAAGAGAUGGGGGAUAAUGUAACGUCUUAUGAUUGCACCGCAGAUACGACAACAAACAGCAGCUCGGGCAAACCGCCAUACUACCACCGAGCAACACUGAUUGCUGUUGUGAGCACCACUCAUAUUGCGAGCGGAGAAGAGGUCCGUGUUUCCCUGGAAUCCUAUUAUCGGUGUCUAGACGAGUCAGCGUGGUAUGGUCGCCACUACACCCCUUUUCACUCCCCUUGCCCAGCCAGCAAGACAGAUAACAUUGCAGCACUCAAUCCGCUCUCAGGAAAGCUUCACAACGGCGUGAAGAACUUCAAACUUUGGCCGAAGUCUCUGGCGUACUACCACGGCGUCGGCCGACACCACGCUGAUGACAGCCCGAGGGCGGGCUUCCCAUUCACCCUACUGGACCUCGCACCCGCACCGGUGCUGGGCGAGGGAGAGCUGGGCGUCGUGGCAACGGCGUUUAUACCUUACGCAACGUGCCUGCUGUACACGGGGCCUGCGGUAGCCACUCAAAAAGUCGAAAAGAUAGCCUAUGAGACUAAGCCAGGGCUUUUAAAGGUACUUGAAGGUCGCAGUUUUGCUGCCUCGUUAAACAAACCAAUGAGUGUUGAUUUCGACAAAGUAAAGGAAGAAUCGUCUGCUGGCAAUGGUGUUUCUCUUCCAGAUGUUUCCGUGAGACGAAAAAAAGUCAGUACCACCGUAGCGGCGGAGGAAGACUUAUCCUUUGCUACCGACGACACCUACGCCCUGGGUCUGGGUAAGUAUGGUGUAUGCUUCGGCCAGGGCAUCACUAGAUAUAUUAAUCACCGCUAUAACUUGAGUCGCUUCGGCAACGUCGAGCUAUGCUCAGUGAUGUUAUCUGUUCUCAGCGUCUUUUCGGUCCAGGGUGGCAGUAAAAGUGAGAAACCACGGACUCAUCCAAAGUCCAGCCUCCGUGUUAAGGGUGGCAAGUCCACAAGGACCGCGAAGCGUGCCACGAUACCAAAAGCGAAAGUGUGGAGUGGUACCUCUCCAUCGUGUGCACUCAGCGAUGUUGAUAUCGCUAAGCACCUUUCCUCAACUAGUUGCCAAUCGAAAGCUUCUGUAGAAUCCCACGCUCAUGAUGAGAGCACCAUAACUUCUUCACGUGGGCAUACGGUGGGGGCCCCUUCGAGCGCACCUAAGCCGCCCUCGCCCAAACGACGACAACAUACCAAGAUGCGCUCUAUUUUUCUAGAAGAGCAUAGCCACUUUGUCACCUUGCCGUUCUUCAUCACAACGACGGAUAUCGAGGCGGGUACACCACUCUUGGCGUGGACGUAUGGCGAAGAGUACGAUGCAAAGUUGGAGCGCGUAGCUGUGGCCGACGGUGCGCUGGUGCCCUACGCAGACGCCGCUUUGCUCAACUCUAGGCCCAUCAUGGGGACUGUGUGGGCCGUGAAGAACAACGGACAGCGCAGCUGGCAGCGCUACGGUGGAGACUACCGCUAUGCUCUCGGUACUGGGGAUGUAGUGUGGUGUCGCCGUCCUCCUCCCUUACGGGAGCCGGUAAUCUAUAGUACUCAAGUGCGCUGCCCGCUACCGGAAGAUGAUCUGUUUGUUGUUGUAGAUGUAAUGUCCAGGAGCAUAGAUAAUGUACUUUUGAUGCCUCUGCGGCGGUGGCAUCUGACGGAUGAGAUGCUUUACGAAAUACUCACGUGUCAAAAGCUCGACCGCUAUGUUUCUCCAGCUGUAUGUACAACUGAAAAAAACAAAGUUCAAGUAAAGGACGAGGUCGUAAAGCCUGAUCUUGCUAUUAAAAAAGAAAACGACUGUGAAAGAGAUGAGGUUAAGGCUAUUCUCGGUGCCAAGCUUUACACAUUCAGGUCGCGUAGCUUGAGUUGUCCACCUAUCGCACGACUGUGCCCAUCGCACUCGGUAUCUAUUGGCGAAACCGAUCUCUCCAGUGCCCUCCCACUCCCACCGUUCCCACCACUAGCCCUGCAGGAGUCCUGGGCGGUCUUUGAUGCGGAUAUACCAGAUUAUAACCGUAACUGCCACUCCAUUACAACCUGUGCCUACAACAAACUAUACCACUGCUUUAUAGCCAACGUGGACAGCCUGGCCCUGCUGCUUAGCGGUAUAGACUACUGUGUUGUGCGGCCGGCCGGCAAUGUCCCGUCCACUGCGUCGUCUACACCGUUGAUGACAGGAACAAUAUCACGCAAUUCAAUCUUGGUCAACCUGCACGACCUUCACGAUUCGACACGGUUGGUGAGGGAAAGUGCGCGAAGUUGUGUAGUGCCUGUGCUGUGGAAUGGGCUCAUCUGGCCACUGAUUCGCAACUUGCCUCGGUCUAAUCAUACCUUUUCACACUACUCAAGUUGA